GCUUUGAUGUAACAGUAGGACAGGAUAUUGAGAAUACGAUCAAAGGAAUUAAAGUGACUUCUGUUGCAAAUCUGAAUCCUAUUCGGGACAGAGGUAAUGCACGGAAUAUUCCUGGUAUAGGUGAAUGGAAAAUUUUUACCAUAGCAGAAUUAGAUAAAUUUCACAAAAAAGACAUUCAUAAGCCCACACCACAAGUAUCAACACAUACUACACCUUCAUCAGAAUGGGAAAUGCUAAUGCUGAAUUCGUCAC